AUGUCGAUGAAGUCCCAGUGCCCUUCGAUAUGGUUUAUUCAAGGACCGUGGAUCAAGUGGGAGCCGAUACCUGCAAGGAUUGACUCAACAGGACACGAAAAAUCGAAUUUUACCGUUGUCCUCUCUGUGACGGCCGCUGGAGAGAAAUUAAGACCGAUGAUCAUAUUCAAGAAAAAGAGGAUUCCCAAGGAUAAUUUCUCUCCUGAAGUGGUAGUUAGAGCCAAUGAUAAAGGCUGGAUGAAUCACGAACUGAUGAGGACAUGGCUCCAUAAGGUGUGGAACAAACGGAAAUGCUAUGUCAACGAUCCCUCGCAGUCAUUACUCAUAUUAGAUUCUGCAAGGUGCCAUCUCACAGAAGACGUCCGAGAGCUUUUCAAGGAGCACUCAAAGAUCACGGUCAUUCCAGGCGGAAUGACCAAAUAUCUACAGCCUCUCGACGUCGGCAUCAACAAGCCCUUCAAAGACAAUCUGAGGGCGGGAUGGGAGCGAUGGAUGGCCGAUCCAGCACGUGCAAGGUACACAACAGGCGGCGCCAGGAAAAGGAUGACCUACGGAGAAGCUGCACUAGUCUACGAGAGUUUCAAUGCAAACACUGAAGAAACCACUGCGAACAGUUUCACCAAGGCUCUCGAUGACGAACCAAUAAUAGAAGGCAUGAACGAGGAUUUCGACGCUUUGAUUGUUGCUGAUAAUAACGAUAACGAUGGUCGUUCUUCUGGUCAAGUUGUUGCCAUGAAUGUUUGUUAUGAUGAACAUGGAAUGCUACCUGAAUAA